UUAACCUGCUGGCACUCAUCCUGACUGAUCAGAGACCCUGCGCCAACUCAGCCAGUCCCCUCUCGCCUUCUCGGUUCUCCUUGUCUCCCCCUCCUCUCUGUCUGUCUGCACCUUCCACCCCCACGCCCCACUUUUGCAUCUGACCAGAGAACGAAUGAGCGAGACGUUCCUGCAUAUCCAGGCUGCAACUUUCCUCAGCGGGUCGCCGGGCUCCGGGGCCGGAGCGCACUGAGCGUCCGCGGUCUGCGGCCCAUGGAGGAGGCUGAGGAGGGGCAGUGAUGGGCUAGGAGCGGAGCGCGGAGCCCCAGCAGCCCAGCCUCGCUAGCCGGCUCCGUCCCCGCCGCUUCGCUCCACCUCGCUCCUCUGCUGCUUGGGGUGCAGACCCGGAGCAUCCAAGGAUGAGGCGGGGAGCGGGCCUGAGUGGGGAGCAUCUCAUCUCACGGACAUGAAUUAAGAAGCUAAGAAGAUGCGGCGCGGCACACUCCUCGCCCAGCCCGGGCUCGGGACCAGGGACAUCAGCUGGACCUUCCUCUGUUUCCUCGUCCACUUCCUCCCCCAGACGGCCCCGCAAGUGCUCCGGAUCGGAGGGAUUUUUGAAACUGUGGAAAAUGAACCUGUUAAUCUUGAAGAAUUAGCCUUCAAGUUUGCAGUCACCAGCAUUAACAGAAACCGGACCCUGAUGCCUAACACCACAUUAACCUACGACAUCCAGAGAAUUAAUCUUUUUGAUAGCUUUGAAGCCUCACGCAGAGCCUGUGACCAGCUGGCUCUCGGGGUGGCUGCCCUCUUCGGUCCUUCUCAUAGCUCCUCUGUCAGCGCUGUGCAGUCCAUUUGCAAUGCUCUGGAAGUUCCACACAUACAGACCCGCUGGAAGCACCCCUCAGUGGACAACAAAGACUUAUUUUACAUCAACCUGUACCCCGAUUAUGCAGCUAUCAGCAGGGCAGUCCUGGAUCUGGUCCUCUACUACAACUGGAAAACGGUGACAGUGGUGUACGAAGACAGCACAGGUCUAAUUCGUCUGCAAGAACUCAUCAAAGCUCCCUCCAGAUACAAUAUUAAAAUCAAAAUCCGUCAGCUGCCCUCUGGGAAUAAAGAUGCCAAGCCUUUACUCAAGGAGAUGAAGAAGGGCAAGGAGUUCUAUGUGAUAUUUGAUUGUUCGCAUGAAACAGCAGCUGAAAUCCUUAAACAGAUUUUGUUCAUGGGCAUGAUGACUGAAUACUAUCACUACUUUUUCACAACCUUGGACUUAUUUGCUCUAGAUCUGGAACUCUAUAGGUACAGUGGCGUGAACAUGACUGGAUUCCGGCUCCUUAACAUUGACAACCCUCAUGUAUCAUCCAUCAUUGAGAAGUGGUCCAUGGAGAGGUUGCAGGCCCCGCCCAGGCCUGAGACUGGUCUUUUGGAUGGUAUGAUGACAACUGAAGCAGCUCUGAUGUAUGAUGCCGUGUAUAUGGUGGCCAUCGCUUCCCACCGGGCCUCACAGUUGACUGUCAGCUCGCUCCAGUGCCAUCGACACAAGCCGUGGCGCCUUGGACCCCGAUUUAUGAACCUGAUCAAAGAGGCUCGGUGGGAUGGCCUAACUGGGCGUAUCACCUUUAAUAAGACUGAUGGCUUGAGGAAGGAUUUUGAUCUGGACAUUAUUAGUCUCAAGGAAGAAGGAACUGAAAAGAUUGGGAUUUGGAACUCCAACAGUGGGCUGAACAUGACGGAUGGCAACAAAGACAGGACCAACAAUAUCACUGAUUCACUGGCCAACCGAACACUCAUUGUCACCACCAUUCUGGAGGAGCCCUAUGUGAUGUACAGGAAAUCGGACAAGCCCCUAUAUGGGAAUGACAGAUUUGAAGGAUAUUGCCUGGAUCUGCUGAAAGAAUUGUCAAACAUUCUAGGCUUCCUUUAUGAUGUUAAACUAGUCCCUGAUGGCAAAUACGGAGCCCAAAAUGACAAAGGAGAGUGGAAUGGCAUGGUUAAAGAACUCAUAGAUCACAGGGCUGACCUGGCAGUGGCCCCUCUUACCAUCACAUAUGUGCGGGAGAAAGUCAUUGACUUCUCCAAGCCCUUUAUGACCUUGGGCAUCAGCAUUCUCUACCGGAAGCCCAAUGGGACCAACCCAGGUGUCUUCUCCUUCCUCAACCCUCUGUCUCCAGACAUUUGGAUGUAUGUGCUCUUAGCCUGCUUGGGAGUCAGUUGUGUACUCUUUGUCAUUGCAAGGUUUACACCUUAUGAAUGGUAUAACCCCCACCCGUGCAACCCUGACUCAGAUGUGGUGGAAAACAAUUUUACUUUACUAAAUAGUUUCUGGUUUGGAGUUGGAGCUCUCAUGCAGCAAGGAUCAGAGCUGAUGCCUAAAGCUCUCUCGACCAGAAUAGUUGGUGGAAUAUGGUGGUUUUUCACCCUAAUCAUCAUUUCAUCCUACACUGCCAAUCUUGCUGCCUUCUUGACAGUAGAGAGGAUGGAAUCCCCCAUAGAUUCGGCAGAUGAUCUGGCAAAGCAAACCAAGAUAGAAUACGGCGCUGUCAGAGAUGGAUCAACAAUGACCUUCUUCAAGAAAUCAAAGAUAUCCACCUAUGAGAAGAUGUGGGCUUUCAUGAGCAGUAGGCAGCAGACCGCCCUGGUGAAAAACAGUGAUGAGGGGAUCCAAAGAGUGCUCACCACUGACUACGCCCUGCUGAUGGAGUCCACCAGCAUUGAGUAUGUGACGCAGAGAAACUGCAACCUCACCCAGAUCGGGGGCCUCAUUGACUCCAAAGGCUAUGGAGUGGGAACACCUAUUGGCUCUCCUUACCGGGAUAAAAUUACAAUUGCUAUUCUUCAACUACAAGAAGAGGGGAAGUUGCACAUGAUGAAAGAGAAAUGGUGGCGGGGAAACGGCUGCCCUGAAGAAGACAGCAAAGAGGCCAGUGCCCUGGGAGUAGAAAAUAUUGGGGGUAUCUUCAUUGUCCUGGCUGCUGGACUGGUCCUUUCUAUAUUUGUAGCCAUUGGAGAAUUUAUUUACAAAUCACGGAAGAACAAUGACAUAGAGCAGAAAGGAAAGUCAUCAAGACUUAGAUUUUAUUUUAGGAACAAAGUAAGGUUUCAUGCGAGAAAAAAACAAAGCCUUGGUGUAGAGAAGUGUCUCUCUUUCAAUGCCAUCAUGGAAGAACUGGGAAUCUCCCUCAAGAAUCAAAAAAAAUUAAAGAAAAAGUCAAGAACUAAGGGGAAAUCUUCUUUCACAAGUAUUCUUACUUGUCAUCAGAGACGAACUCAGAGGAAAGAGACUGUGGCAUGAUCCAAGAAAAUGCCUGUAGAAACAUUCCGGGAAGUAAAAGGAUAUGCAUUUUGGAGGAAGAAUUUCUGACGAAUGUGAGAUGUGUUUCCAUAUAUCUAUAUCCUUAACUCUAGUUAUGGAUAUAGAUAUAAGAAAUGCAAAAUUUUUAAAACCCAUGGAUAUUACUCGGGAAGUGGCAUCAGUUCUUUUGAAAUGAAUUUAUAUGCACAAUUAUUUUGCAUUUUCUCUUUUGCCCCAAUAAAUUGCUGUGUGUGCU